UCGGAAUUCACCCUUUUACUGAGUGGGCGGGCUGUUCUCUGUGUUGUGUCGGUGUAGUAGAGAGCAACGAUUUCGGUUUUGUUUUCUUUGAUAUCCAGUCGCUGAACUGAAUCGUUCGGCUGAUGAUUCAGUAAAAUCAGUCACAGAAAGCACUUUGUUGCAGUACACACAGGGUAAUUGCUUUGACUGCUGCUUGAUGGAAAAAGUGUAACCAUGUUCAGUUUUGAGGGAGAUUUCAAGAGAACACCUAAAGUGUCCCUUGGGGGUGCAAGCAGAAAAGAGGAAAAAGCAUCACUUCUUCAUCGAACACAUGAAGAAAGAAGAAAAAGGGAGGAUGAAAGGAGAAGACUAAAAAAUGCAAUCAUCAUUCAGUCCUACAUAAGGGGAUACCUAGAUAGGAAACAACAAUAUGCCAUUCAAAGGGGCCACUUCGACCACUGUGUGUGUCAGUGCCAGUCAGGCUCCGGCCCUCCGCUUGCAGACGGUGGAACUCUUAGCCAACUAGUUCGCCAGCUUCUCUUUUUUUACAGAUCGAGUGAAGAUACACACAGAUUGAUCUGGAUGUGUCAGAGUUUGAUUAAGCACCAUGCACAGUUUUUCAAGCUGCUGGUGGGGCCAGAAAGACAGAAUUGUCUGUUUCAGAUCAAACGAAUACUGGGACACUGUUGCAGGCUGCUACAAGCAUGUAGGGAUGACAGUCUGAAUGUGGCGGUUCCUAUGCGGAUGCUAGAGGUUUUCACCUCUGACAGAACAUACAUGCCUGUUGUACAAGAUGCAAACUGUGUCACUGCACUUAUUGAGCAAAUAUUGCACUAUAUGGUUCAGAAAGGACACUACAGAUCUCUGUAUGUUUUAGUCAACCACAAGUUGCCGUCCAGUCUGGAGUACAGUGACUCCCCCUCUGUUCCGCUAGCGCACACACUGCUAGAACAUAUUCUCAAGCCUCUGCACUUUACAUAUGGCUCCUGCCCUCCAGAUGCCAGGCAGUUUGUGUUUUCGGCCUUCACCGAGGAGUUCAUCUCAGCGCCUUUUACUGAACAAAUCUAUCAUUUCUUUGUGCCAGCUCUGGCAGAUUCAAGACUAGCUUUCCCUUUCCAGAACUUCCUUUGGUCACUCCAGGCCACCAUAGCUUCCUCUGCCCAUGCCCGAGCUCAAGCACCAUGGCUCUUUUAUUUUGUAUUAACAGUUGGAGAAACAGGACUGUGUUCACUCUCAGAGGAAGGGUUGCUGUUGUACUUAAAUGCUUUACAGACUUUGUUGCCAUUGCUGCCAGUGACUGAAAGCACCAGUAGAGCUGACAUCAACAGUGAUUCAGAAGAUGAGGAAGAAAUGAACAUACAGCAUCAUGCCACACGGGAUGGAAGUUGGAUAUCUGUGCAUUCCAUAACACAGGAAUGCGUGCAGAAGUUGGACACCAAGCAGCAGACUAACGCUUUGCUAACAUUAGUGUGGAGAGACUCUGCAAGUGAAGAUAUCUUCACUAUGAUGGCAUCUAUCUGUCACACACUGAUGGUGCAACACCGUAUGAUGGUGCCUCGAGUCAGGCUUUUGUACAGUUUAGCCUUCAAUGCUCGGUUUCUGAGACACCUCUGGCACUUAAUCACAUCCAUGAAAACUAAAAUGAUCACGGGGUCCAUGGUUCUUCUAUUACAGGUAAUGUCUCGUGGUUCUCCGAUGUCUCUAGAGGAUUCCAAUAGGAUCAUCCCUCUCUUCUAUCUCUUCAGUUCACUAUUCAGUCAUUCGCUUAUCUCUGUGCAUGACAGCGAGUUCUUUGGCAGCUCAGUGGAUGGUCAGAGUCAGCCGUCGAUGAUGCCCUUCUCUUUGACAGAGUUGGUGACUUUGUCUCGGUGUUUGAGGGACGCUUGUCUGGGAAUCAUCAAGCUGGCGUAUCCUGAGACUAAGACUGAGCACAAAGAGGAGUAUGUAGCAGCGUUCCGCAGUGUCGGGGUGAAAAGCAACAGCCAAGUGCAGCAGUGCAUUCAGGCUCAACAGAAACGAUGGGUCCAGCUGUUUAAGGUGAUUACCAACCUCGUGAAGAUGUUGAAGGCAAGAGAUAUUCGAAGAACCUUCUGUCCAUCGGGUCAUUGGCUGUCUGAUGGAGUCAACAUCAGGGCAGAUAAGGUCACUCAGCUUUAUGUACCUUCUGCAAGACAUGUGUGGAGAACUAGGAGAAUGGGUCGCAUCGGACCGCUUCAGUCCACAUUAGACGUUGGGCUAGAGCCUCCACCGCUGUCAGUAUCAGAGGAAAGACACUUGGCCAUCCUCACUGAACUACCAUUUGUUGUGCCCUUUGAGGAAAGAGUCAAGAUUUUCCAGAAAUUGAUCUAUGCUGAUAAGCGGGAGGUGCAGGGCGAUGGCCCAUUUUUGGAUGGCAUUAGCAUCAGCAUUCGACGGAACUACAUAUAUGAAGACGCGUAUGAUAAAUUAUCCCCUGAGAAUGAGCCUGAUCUAAAGAAGAGAAUAAGGGUUCAUCUGCUCAAUGCUCAUGGGUUGGAUGAAGCUGGCAUUGAUGGUGGAGGAAUAUUCAGAGAGUUCUUGAACGAGUUGUUGAAAUCAGGCUUUAACCCUAACCAAGGCUUCUUCAAGACAACUAAUGAAGGGCUCCUUUACCCGAGCCCCACAGCAGAGAUGCUCGUAGGCGAAUCCUUUACCCGUCACUACUACUUCAUUGGCAGGAUAUUAGGAAAGGCGCUGUAUGAAAACAUGCUAGUGGAAUUGCCAUUUGCCAGUUUCUUCCUGUCGAAGCUCCUAGGCACCAGCGCGGAUGUAGACAUCCACCAUCUGGCCUCUUUGGACCCAGAGAUGUACAGAAACCUGCUUUUUCUCAAGAGUUAUGAAGGUGAUGUGGAAGACCUCGGCCUCAACUUCACUGUGGUCAACAAUGAUCUCGGGGAGGCGCAGGUGGUCGAGCUCAAACAAGGGGGAAAGGACAUCCCGGUAACUACGGCCAACAGGAUAGCCUACAUCCAUUUAGUGGCCGAUUACCGUCUGAACAAACAAAUCAGAGCACACUGCCUGGCCUUCCGGCAGGGCCUGGCCAACGUGGUCAACCUGGAGUGGCUGCGCAUGUUUGAUCAGCAGGAAUUUCAGGUACUGAUUUCCGGUGCACUUGUUCCUAUCUCUCUGGAAGACCUGAAGAGCUUCACUAACUACUCAGGUGGUUAUACAGCAAAUCAUCCAGUGAUUCAAAUCUUCUGGGAUGUGGUGGACAGCUUCAGCGAUGAGGAGAAGCGCCAGCUGCUUAAGUUUGUUACGAGCUGUUCACGACCGCCACUCUUAGGAUUCAAGGAACUCUAUCCAGCCUUUUGCAUCCACAAUGGAGGUACUGACCUGGAGCGUCUCCCAACCGCUAGCACUUGCAUGAACCUUCUCAAGCUGCCCGAGUUCUCUGAUCCUCAGCAAAUGAGAAACAAGCUACUUUAUGCUAUUGAAUCCUCUGCUGGCUUCGAGCUUAGCUGAGGAAUGAGUCCUCUUCUGGUGGCCUUGGAACCCAAACAAGAAGCUGUGGCCAUGUCACGUGAUCAGAGAGAAAGUGAUCACAAUAGAGAUAUGGCGAGUCUGCUGUGUACCUGCAGUGAUUUCAAGAAGAUAUUACAACGAGAGAUCUAAAAGUUGUGGCAUGGACAAGAAAAUGCUCAAUUUGAUUUUUAUUUCAAACUUGUAAAUAAAGGGACAGCAUUUAUACAUUCGAAGCAACAUCAAAGAAGCAUCCACUGAUCAAAAGCACUAACAUUCAGAUUUUCAUGCUAAGUGUUAGAGAGACAUGGAGAAGUGAAAUAAAAUGGCAGCACAAAAUUGACCUGUAGAUUUUUACUUCAUUUUGCACUGGUAACGGCAGACGUUUUUGUACCCUCCCAGAUGCUCUUUGUCACCAGUGCAGCACACAUUGUGCAUCAACUAAUAAAGAUGCAUGCAUUAGGCUUGCUGAUUCAAAAAACAAGCUAACACAUACGUUUCUUCAGUAUAACAGCAUGCCUGAAACAGCUUCAAUACAUUAAGGAUACUAAAGAGCAGGUUUGGUUUAAGGUCACAACGGCUGUACCAGUCAAAAUGUGCAUGCCUUGAAACGGGGCAUGCUAUCAGUGUAGCAUUUGCUGAAAAUGCUGAGCUAUUAAUUUUCCAGCUCAAAAAUUAUUUUAUGGCUAAUGAGCCACCAACAAAGGAGUUUAAUAGAUUUGAGUCAUUGAAGUCGAAACCUUGAUGUGUGAGGUUAACAGGGGUGGUAGAACAGUAGCACGUGUCAAAAAAUGGUGUGUAGUCAUCUUGUUUUAAUCAUGUGGUAAUGGAAGUAUUUGAACUUGCUGAUUCUGCUAGACUUUUAUCUGUAAAAUGGAAUUACAUUACACUUGGAACCAGAAUGAUGUGUUUUUUCCCAGGUUAUUCAUGUUGAAAUAAAAUAGCAGUUUAACAGGCCUUUGUAUGAGAUUUCGGACUUUGGGGUUGUGUCUAUUGUGAUUCCAUAAAAAAAUAUGUAUUUAUGUAUUCCACACAUUGGACAUUGUCAUUAUGCAUUAUGUCUGUAUAAUGAUACUGACAUUUGUGCAAUAAAGAAAAACAAGUGAAAUUGAA